AAAUGUUGUAAAACUUCCUCGGAAGAGCCAGAAUAUCUCAACAGUAUCAUCUUCCCUUCAUUCAGCUUCCCAUUGCAUCUUGUUCUGGCUUCCCCGCCAGUCACUCAAUUCUCCGCACCAAACCUACUCCAUCUCCAAGCCUUGAGUUGGAGAAACCCAGCAACAAGCAUCAUGACCACUCGUCGACACGUUCACUUCAACUCCAAAGCCAAAUCAUGGACUUCACCUGAGCCUGCCUCUCCAGAAGCCAUUGGUCAGUUUCAUCAAAGUCUCCCCAAUUAUGAGCCAACGCCUCUUGUUAGUCUCGACAACCUCGCCAAGGAGAUUGGAGUCAGUGCAGUCCAUGUCAAAGAUGAGACAAACCGCUUCGGUCUUCCAGCGUUCAAGAUUCUGGGUGCUUCUUGGGGCGCAUUCCGCUCCAUAACCGAGAAAUUGGGGUUGCCUCUUGACUCAGAGAUUGAUAAUGUUCGGGAAGCAGCCAAGUCUCAUCAAUUGACGCUGUACGCGGCGACAGAAGGGAACCAUGGACGUGCGGUCGCACGUAUGGGUGCUAUCUUCGACAUCUCAGCUGAGAUUCACGUCCCAGCGUCGAUGCAUCCUUCCACUGUCAAAUUGAUUGAGUCUGAAGGCGCAAAAGUUGUCAUGUCAAGGGGCAGAUAUGAAGAUGCGAUGCUUGAGGCCGAGUCUGCGUCUAAGCAUGAGAAGGGUAUCAUGGUCCAGGACCAUGCAUUCGGCGACUAUCAGACCGUUCCACAGUGGAUUGUUGAUGGCUAUGGCACCAUGAUGCGAGAGGUUGACAAGCAACUCGGUUCUACCAAAGCUGACUUGGUCAUCGCUCCUGUCGGAGUUGGAUCCUUUGCCCAAGCUGUCGUCUCUCACUUCAAGAGACAAGGUACAUCCACAUCCAUGUUGACAGUUGAGCCUGAUACUGCGGCGUGUUUGUGGAAGAGUCUAGAGAAGGGCGAAUUCACUGAGAUCCCAACAACUGGCACCAUCAUGGCUGGUCUCAACUGCGGAGCUCCUUCAACAAUCGCAUGGGACCUAUUGAAGAAUGGCGUAGAUGCAAGCUUGACCGUGUCAGACUAUGAAGCUCACAAGUCUGUCCUGUAUCUUCAAUCUCAGGGUAUCAACGCCGGACCCUGUGGAGCCUCGACAUUGGCUGCGUUGAGACGGCUUACAUCGGAUGACAAGAAAGCCCUUGGACUCAAUGAGAAGUCCACCGUCGUGAUCUUCUGUACAGAGCGAAACCGAGACUAUGAUGUGCCUCAUGACGUUUCUGGCAAUGAUCCAGUUGCACUCACUCAGACUCUUGUUCAGAUCAACUCAGCCAGUCCCGACUUGGGUUCUGUUCCCGGGCCUGGCGAGACAACUAUCGCACGUUACGUCGCUGCAUGGCUAGAACAUCGGGAUUUGGAGACACAUUGGGUUGAAUAUACAAAAGGUCGUCCCUCUGUCGUCGGUGUUGUUCGUGGCUCUGGCGGCGGAAAGAGUGUCAUGUUCAACGGACACCUGGACACUGUAACCAUCAUGGGCUACGACGAUGAUCCAUUGAGCGGCAAAAUUGCUGAUGGUCGUCUGUACGGUCGCGGUUCCGCUGACAUGAAGGGAGGUGUUGCAGCAGCUAUGAUUGCUCUGGCCGAUGCUAAGAAACUUGGUCUUCGUGGAGAUGUGAUCUUCACUGGUGUUGCCGACGAGGAGAGCUUGAGUAAGGGAACCGAAGACAUCCUUCGCGCGGGAUGGAGAGCAGAUGCCGCUGUUGUUUCGGAGCCAACGAACCUUGAGAUCAAUCACGCGCACAAGGGAUACUGUCACGUUGAGAUUAAGGUCUAUGGACUUGCCGCACAUGGCUCACGGGCCGAUCUAGGUAUUGAUGCUAUUGUCAAUGCUGGUCGUUUCCUCGUGGAGUUUGGCCGAUAUGUGAAGAAGUUACAAGAAGGUCCAGGCGAUGAGACUCUGGGAACAGGCACUGCACACGCUUCAGUCAUCUCGGGUGGCGAGGAAGCCUCAUCCUAUCCCGCACAGUGCACCAUCAUCGCAGAGCGCCGUACAAUCCCUGGAGAGACCAAUGAGGUUAUCCAGAAGGAGUUCGACGACUUAAUUGCCAAGGUAGCAAAGCAAGUCACCGACUUCAAGGCAGACGCCAAGAUCUUCUUCAGUCGUCCUCCCCAGUUUACACAUGCAGAUCAUCCCUUCACCAAGCUUGUCUCCGGCAUUGUAGGCAAUGUCACUGGCAAAGAUGCGGUUAUUGCCGGUGCCCCGUUCUGGACCGAUUGCGCUUUGUUGGCUGAGAAAGGGAUAGUGCCCCUACUCUGGGGGCCAAAAGGAGAGGGAUUCCACGGAAAGGAGGAGUUUGUUUACGUGAAGUCAAUUGAACAAGUGGCUGAGGGAUUGACCAAUAUCGCAGCCGAGUUCUGUAAGUAGGUAGAUAGAUUAUGCCUCGUAAUUAGACUGUA